AUAUAUAAAUUAGUGUCGUAGAAGAUAAUUUGUCAUUGCUAAUUUAAGUCUCAUUUAAGCAUUCUCUUUUGCUUUACAGUUGCAAGUUAGAAUCAUGAUGAAGUUUUUGCUGCCGUUUUUCAUUUUAAGUUUAAUUCCAAAACAACCCGGAGAUUGUGUGGUCAAAACAUUUGUAGAUAUUCUGAAAGAAAUUCUUGAUUUUCAAUCUUUAUUCCCUCAAUUGAAUGAAGAGGUGAAAGUAGCACUUAUUAAUAUAACAGCUGGGUUACCGCAGUGUCUGGAUUCGAGUACGUUCCCUUCCCUCGGCUGUGAAAAUGAAAUAGGCGGCGGAAGUAACGUGAUGUCAAGUGUAACAUAUCUAUCGUGCUUGUUAAAGAAAGUUUGUUACCAAAAUGAUACGGCGAAUUUAGUCAAAGUGGUGCAAUGUCUUUCAAUACUAACUGCAGCUAGAGUAAGGUUUAUCUUAGAAGAUACUAAAAGAAAUGUUACAGCAAAAAUUUACAAAUGUCUUACUGUUAUUUACUACGAUAGUCGUGUUGGAUUGACAAAUUGUGAUUUGAUCGAUUCCAUUCUAGCAAUAAAUAUUCAAUCUGCUUUAGAAAACAUAGAUACAAAUAUUAUCAAGAAAUUAAAAAGCGAUUUCGAAACAUUGUUUAAAAUUCUUAGUGGAGAUAUGGAAGCAGAUUGUGAAUUCACAACUUAAUAAAUCAUAAAUUAUUUUCCUUGUAAAUUUACGAAAAAGGAAUAAAACAUAAAUUUCAUUCUACUGUAUACAAAUAUAGAUUUCUGGGUGAUUUUAUUCUUUUCCAAACAAACAUUUAUAUAACACCUUGAAAAUUAAUUUAAUCGGCUAAAAAUGUUAUAACAUCACGUUUAAUACUGAAAUAUUGAGAUGCGAUGUGGCAAAAUACUUGAUAUAUUGCCACAUCACGUCAACAAAAUUUUGAGAGAGAGGACCACCGAACUGUACGACCUUUUCUAACUUUUCUUGGUUGGAUUGCAAUUUAAUAAAAAAAAAAAAUGUAGAAUUUGUAAAUUCGCACUGAGUUAGAUAAAUAAAUUCGGUAAAUAGAUUUGUCAUGAAUAGGGGCAGUAAACACUGAUUAUAUGAACUUUUAAUACAAACGGGAAGUCACGUCAUUUUAAUAUUUUCCCUCGUAAAGAGUUAGAAACUGUGGCUAUAAC